AUGGCGCCGCUCACGAUGUUGCGCACGGGUGAGAGUGGAGUACCUACCGACCUUGUGACCGAAUACUACGCGCAACGCAACACUCCCGGCGGGCUCUUGAUCGCUGAAGCGACCAAUAUCAGUCCCACGCUUCGGGUCCCCCGGAUUGUAUACCCGCGAGCAGAUCGAGGGCUGGAAGAAGGUCACGCGCACGGUGCACGAGCGGGAGGGGGAGAUCUUCGUGCAGCUGUGGCAUGCGGGCGCGACGGCCAUACUUUGAACCAACCGAACGGGGAGCAGCCAGUUUCAUCAUCGACGAUCGCGCUGGUCGACCCGUACAGUGUGCCUCGUGCACUGGAGACCCACGAGAACCCGGGCAUUGUGGCUGACUACAAACGCGCCGCAGAGUACGCCAUUGCGGCAGACUUUGGCGGCGUCGAACUGCACGGUGCCAACGGAUACUUACUGGAGCAGUUCUUACAGUGUAAACAACCGCACCGACGAGUAUGGCGGCAGCAUUGGGAACCACGCCAGACUGACACUCGAGGCGGUCGAAGCUGUGCUGUCCAGUUUGGACUCAAAGUGGCAAUCCGAAUGUCUCCGUACGGCAACACGUUCGGCUGCACAGAUUCGACCCCCGAGGAGACGUACAGCUACCUGAUCAAGAAACUGAGUCCGUUUGACUUGGCGUAG